ACACACUUUCAUAUCUCACUCCUCACACACAAAAUCUAUCCACUCUUUCUCUCACUAAAACUAUUCCAACGAAUUAUGACUCGUCACUAUAGAUUCCUCUCUUCCGUCGCUAACUCAUCUUCACUUGACCAAACAGCAGCACAACCACCAGAAGCCGUCAUCGUAGAGUCCGAUUUCGUCGUCAUCCUCGCCGCUCUCCUCUGCGCUUUAAUCUGCAUCUUAGGCCUCCUCGCCGUAGCUCGCUGCGCCUGGCUCCGCCGCGGAACAACCUCCACCGUCCGCCGGAACCCUAGCCAGCCGGCGGCGAAUAAAGGAAUGAAGAAGAAAGUAAUUGAAUCACUACCGAAGUUUGUUUACAAUUCAGGUAAGGAAGAAAUUGGCGGCAAAAAGGUGUCGUCCGGCGAGUGUGCGAUCUGUUUGGCGGAAUAUUCCGACGGAGAUGAGGUCCGUGUUCUGCCGCAGUGUGGACAUGGAUUCCACGUGGGAUGUAUUGAUGUGUGGCUGAAUUCGCAUUCUUCGUGUCCGUCGUGUAGGCAGAUGUUGGUGGUGACUCGGUGCCGGAAGUGCGGUGAGUUUCCGAGUGGUGUCGCCGGAGAAAGUUCGAGGGAGAUGGAACGGAAAGGUGGACGGCAUGAUAAUACGUCUUGUGAGAGUGAUUAUUUACCGUGAUUGUGAUUGUUUACCGUUUGGUUUAAAAUAUGUGGUAUAGACUGUAGAAUCUGGAAAUUAAUUGUUGAUAGGGUGUUAUUUUUUUCUGAUCUAAUUUCUUUUUAGAUUACUUUGAAUUAAUCUUUUCAAGUAAAAUUAGGAUGACAGUUACAAUCAA